GUCAUUUUCAAUUUCGGCCUCCUCUAUCGACGCCGUUCAGUCUCAUCUUCGCUUACCCUUAGCUCGGAAUCCGCCGUGCUUCUCUCCGAGCUUCUCUCCGCCUUGCUCUCCCUUUCAUACUGUCAAAUUAUCUCCGUCGUCGCGGUAAAGUAGCACAACGGUAUGUCAGUUCUCAUCGUCACGAGUCUCGGGGACAUUGUGAUGGAUUUGUACACGGAGAGAUGCCCCUUAACCUGCAAGAACUUCCUCAAGCUCUGCAAGAUCAAAUACUAUAAUGGGUGUCUGUUUCACACUGUACAAAAGGAUUUUACUGCACAGACGGGUGAUCCAACUGGAACGGGAGCUGGUGGAGACUCAGUUUACAAAUUUUUGUAUGGUGAGCAGGCUCGUUUUUUUGGUGAUGAGAUUCAUCUCGAUUUAAAACAUUCAAAGACUGGUACAGUUGCUAUGGCCAGUGCUGGAGAGAAUCUCAAUGCUUCCCAGUUCUAUAUCACACUACGUGAUGAUCUGGACUAUCUUGAUGGAAAGCACACUGUUUUUGGUGAAGUUGCUGAGGGGUUCGACACUUUGACUAGGAUAAAUGAAGCUUUUGUCGAUACGAAAAACAAACCAUAUAAAAAUGUUAGAAUUAAACACACUUAUAUACUGGAAGACCCUUUUGAUGAUCCCCCGCAACUUGCUGAGUUGAUACCUGAUGCUUCUCCUGAAGGAAAACCAAAGGAAGAGGUUGAGGAUGAUGUACGGCUUGAAGAUGAUUGGGUUCCAAUGGACGAACAACUAGGUCCUCAGGAGCUUGAGGAGGUUCUUCGUGAGAAAGCUGCACAUUCUAGUGCUGUUGUACUUGAAACUAUCGGGGAUAUUCCAGCAGCUGAGAUAAAGCCUCCUGAUAACGUGCUUUUCGUCUGUAAACUGAAUCCUGUGACCGAGGAUGAGGAUCUCCACACCAUUUUUUCACGUUUUGGAACUGUCAUAUCGGCUGAGGUAAUUCGUGAUUACAAGACAGGUGACAGCUUGUGUUACGCCUUUAUCGAGUUUGAGACCAAGGAGGCAUGUGAGCAAGCGUACUUUAAGAUGGACAAUGCUCUGAUUGAUGAUAGAAGAAUUCAUGUGGACUUCAGUCAAAGUGUGGCCAAACUGUGGUCGCAAUCCCGACAUAAAGACUUUGGGAAGGAGGGUAAAGAAAAAGGUUGUUUCAAGUGUGGCUCCACAGAUCACAUUGCAAAAGAUUGUAAUUGGGCUGGUAAUCAGUCUUCAAAGUACGUUCAAAAAGAUGAAAAUAGACAGCAUGGUGGAGGUGAAGACUAUGAUAUGGUUUUUGACGGUGAUGUCCCCGAAAGUCGUAAGAGGGAGAAGAGACGCCAUGGCCAUGACGAAGAUGACAGGGACAGGAGAGAGAAAAGUCGCAGGAGAAGUCCUUAUAAUACUGAGGAUGGUAAAAGAAGAUAUGGAGAUGAAAGAGACAAGAAGAUGACAGAUAGAUACGGUGGAAGAAGUAGAGGAGAGCAUCAAGACAAGGAGAGACACGAUGAUGGGAAACAUAGGGAGAGGGGAGAGAGAAGCAGCAGAGCGGGUGAAGACAGAAGAAGAAGAAGAAGCACAGAGGAAGGAGAUGGUGAAGAGGUAAGAGAGAGGGAAGAUGACUGGAGGGAUAAAGAGAGGAGAAGAGCAGUGAGGGAAGUUGGGGAUAGGAGAGUGCCGAGAGAUGAGCGGAAGGAUAAGGAAAGAUAUAGAGAGAGCCGCAGGGAGAGACGGUGAAGGCUGAAGCUGAAGCAGGCAGGGCAUACGUGGACGCUUAGAUGCCGUGUGUCGUUUGUAAAACCUAUCCAUGCCCAUCUACCAAUCGACCAGGCACCAGCCCUGUAAGAACAUGGUUUGUCCCUUGUGGUAUUUCAAUUCUUUGUCACUGCUAAGUACUUACCUUCAGUUGGAUUAGAUCCAUUUGGUUAGGAAAUUAUCCACCGUAUCUCUGUGUUUGUACGUACAUCAUACUUUGUUCAAAAACAUAAUUUGAAUUAUACUGUGGAUAGCAAUGUGUCGGCAAGUA